AGUGCCCGAUCAUUUUCCUGUCAAAGUGCGGAAGAUUUGCGCGCUGCGGUUGGCGGGGGUGGGGAACCCCCUAGAUUCAGAACGCCAGAGAUAAGGGGCGUGAUGCUAGGUGCUCCAUAUCCCACGAUGCAACUUUAUCACUCGUGCACAAACAACAUAUACCUAUCAGUGCAACGCGGAAAUAACAAGGAUACGUUGAUAUUGGUGUUUGAUAUGCAAGGCUCUCGUCAAGGGACCAUAAGGGACACCAGCACCUUCAGCCAAAGAGGAUUUUCGACCGUCGAGCAGACCAAUGAUGUCGAUGGAAAUGACAUCCACAUCAGCAUCAGCAUCCACGUCAGCAUUCCACAUCAGCAUCCACGUCAGCAUCCACAUCAGCCAUCAGCUCCACGUCAGCAUCCACAUCAGCAUCCACGUCCAGUCAGCAUCCACAUCAGCAUCCACACAUCCACGCAUCCACAAUCAGCAUCCACGUCAAGCAUCCACAUCAGCACAUUCCACGUCAGCAUCCACAUCAGCAUCCACGUCAGCAUCCACAUUUUCAGCAUCCACAUCAGCAUCCACAUAUCAGCAUUUCCACAGUCAGAUCCACAUCAGCAUCCACGUCAGCAUCCACAUCAGCAUCCACACAUCCACGCAUCCACGUCAGCAUCCACAUCAGCAUCCACGUCAGCAUCCACAUCAGCAUCCACGUCAGCAUCCACAUCAGCAUCCACGUCAGCAUCCACAGCAAUCACUCAGCAUCCACGUCAGCAUCCACAUCAGCAUCCACGUCAGCAUUCAGCACAUCAGCAUCCACUCAGCACCACAUCAGCAUCCACGCAUUCCACUCAUCAGCAUCCACGUCAGCAAUCACAUCAGCAUCCAUUCAGCAUCCAAUCCAGCAUCUACAGCAUCCACGCAGCAUCAGUCAGCAUCCACAUCAGCAUCCACGUCAGCAUCCACGUCAGCAUCCACAUCAGCAUCCACGUCAGCAUCCACCAUCAGCAUCCACAUUCAGCAUCAGCAUCAGCAUCCACGUCAGCAUCCACAUCAGCAUCCACUCAGCAUUCGUCAGCAUCCACAUCAGCAUCCACGUCAGCAUCCACAUCAGCAUCCACGUCAGCAUCCACAUCAGCAUCCACGUCAGCAUCCACGUCAGCAUCCACAUCAGCAUCCACAGCAUCCAGCAUUCCACAUCAGCAUUUCCACGUCAGCAUCCACGUCAAGCAUACCACAACGUCAGCAUCCACGUCAGCAUCCAGUCAGCAUUCCACAUCAGCAUCCACGUCAGCAUCCACAUUCAGCAUCCACGUCAGCAUCGCAUUCCACAUCAGCAUCCACUUCAGCAUCCACACAGCAUCCACGUUCAGCAUCCACAUCAGCAUCCACGUCAGCAUCCCACAUCCACCCAUCAGCAUCAGCAUCCACGUCAGCAUCCACGUCAGCAUCCACAUCAGCAUCCAUCAGGCAUCCACGUCAGCAUUCCCACAUCAGCAUUCCACGUCAGCAUCCACAUCAGCAUCAGCAUCCACAUCAGCAUCCACGUCAGCAUUCCACAUCAGCAUCCGCACAUCCACAGCAUCCAUCAUCAUUCAGCAUCCACAUCAGCAUUCCACGUCAUCAGCAUCCACGUCAGCAUCAGCAUCCACAUUCAGCAUCCACGUCAGCAUCCACAUCAGCAUCCACGUCAGCAUCCACAAUCAGCAUUCCACUGUCAGCAUCCACAUCAGCAUCCACGUCAGCAUCCACUGUCAGCAUCCACAGCAUCCACAUCAGCUCCAUCAGGCAUCCAAUCAGCAUCACGUCAGCAUCCACAUUCAGCAUCCAGUCAGCAUCCACUCCAGCAUGCAUCCACGCAUCCACUGUCAGCAUCCACGUCAGCAUCCAGCAUCCACGUUCAGCAUCCACGUCAGCAUCCACAUCAGCAUCCAGCAUCCACGUCAGCAUCCACACAUCCAGCAUCCACGUUCAGCAUCCACAUCAGCAUCUCCACGUCAGCAUCCACAUCAGAUCCACGUCAGCAUCCACAUCGCAUCCACGUCCAGCAUCCCACGUCAGCAUCCACGUCAGCAUCCACGUUCAGCAUCCACAUCAGCAUCACGUCAGCAUCCACUCAGCAUCCACAUCAGCAUCCACGUCAGCAUCCACGUCAGCAUCCACAUCAGCAUCCACACGUCAGGCAUUCCACAUCAGCAUCCACGUCAGCAUCCAAGCCACAUCAGCAUCCACGUCAGCUCCACAUCAGCAUCCACGUCAGCAUCCACCAUCAGCAUCACGUCCACCACCAGUUCCACAGCAUCCACCCAUCAGCAUCCACCAUCCACUGUCAGCAUCCACAAUCUCCACAUCAGCAUCCACGUCAGCAUCCACAUCAGCAUCCACGUCAGCAUCCACAUCAGCAUUCCACGUCAGCAUCCACGUCAGCAUCCACGUCCACCAUCCACGUCAGCAUCCACAUCAGCAUCCACGUCAGGCAUCCACGUCAGCAUCCACAUCAGCAUCCACGUCAGCAUCCACGUCAGCAUUUCCACGUCAGCAUCCACCAGCAUCCACGGCAUCCACGUUCAGCAUCCACGUCCAGCAAUCCACAGCAUCCACUUCAGCAUCCACUCAGCAUUCCACAUCGCAUCCACGUCAGCAUCCACAUCAGCAUCCAGUCAGCAUCCACAUCAGCAUCCACCCAGCAUCCAGCAUCCAUCAGCAUCCACUCAGCAUCCACAUCAGCAUCCACGUCCAUCAAGCAUCCACGUCAGCAUCCACGCAUCACCAGCAUUCCACAUCAGCAUCCACUCCACGUCAGCAUCACAUCAGCAUCCAGCAGCAUCCACGUCAGCAUCCACAUCAGCAUCCACGUCAGCAUCCACAUCAGCAUCCACAGUCAGUCAGCAUCCACGUCAGCAUCCACGUCAGGCAUCCACAUCAGCAUCCACCGUCAGCAUCCACAUCAGCAUCACGGCAUCCACGUCAGCAUCCACAUCAGCAUCCACGUCAGCAUCCACAUCAGCAUUCCAGUUCAGCAUCCACGUCAGCAUCCACGUCAGCAUCCACAUUCAGCAUCCACGUCAGCAAUCCACAUCAGCAUCCACGUCAGCAUACCACUCAUCAGCACUCACAUACAGCAUCCAAUCAGCAUUCCACAUCAGCAUCCACAUAACAUGUCACCACAUACACGAAGCUGUUAAUAGGCAUGACCACGGUGAUUGGGUGAUUGUGACUGUCAUGAUUGUGACGGACAACCAUCGUGGCGAGAUAGGAUGGAUUUGUGAUAUGAGUGAUAUGAUUGAUGUAAGUGAUAGGGGUUGUGAUACAGAAAUGCAAUACGAUAUGGAUUGUGAUAUGAAAAGUCUCAGUGUAUGGGAUGUUGAAUCUCACAUUCGACUGAACUCAUUUUACGAAUUUUGGUUCUCUUUUGAUUAUAGUAUUCUUGAAAGUCAUCAAGGGAGGGCAGAAUUCAAAAAGAGUGACGAUGAACUGGGAUGGGACCCCUAG